AUAUACUUUAAAGUAUAAAAAGUGUCUCUAGCAAGACCAAAAAUACCCUGAGAUUUGAACGCGACUGAAUGGAGGAUUCGGCUUUCUGAGCCGCCAGUCGCCCCCUAAAGGAAGAUGAAAUUCGAGUCGCAGGGAACAUGCAUUGUCCAGCCCUCAGAUGUUGAACUCAAACGCACUGAAUGGGGUUUUCGUGUGAAUAUCCGCCCACUGCAGCGCGACACACAUUCUGCACGUUCCACAUGCGCCGCCGGUGCUCUCAUGGACCCUCACACAGAGCGAUUAUAAAGCCCACCUGAGUUACAGCCCCGGUCUGCUGCUGCACGUGCCAUUCUCUAUCCGAACCCGUAGCAUUAGACAGGCUAUCACUUUGAAAAACUUUCGUUAAUUUGAAUGCAACGAGCUCAAGACAAAAUGCCAUUUCUUCAGCACGCACUGGACUCGCAGUUGGAGAGUUUGGCUUUGGGGCAAGUGGUUCCGGCUCUGUUGGACCGAGGCUUCUUUUACGUGGACCACUUUCUGGGGGACAUCGCGGGCCACAUGGUUCUGGGUCAGGUCAAGCGCAUGCAUUCCUGUGGGCUUCUCAACGACGGGCAGCUGGCCAGAAGAAGCAAUGGAGUUUGCAGAAGCAUCAGAGGAGAUCAAAUCACAUGGGUUAACGGGACCGAGAGGGGCACCGAGGCGGUCAAUUUCUUAUUAACACUCAUAGACAAACUAAUUUCUCUGUGUGUGGGUCAACUGGGCAAAAGUAUCCGCGCAAGGUCAAAGGCGAUGGUGGCUUGUUAUCCAGGAAAUGGAGCAGGAUAUGUGAAACAUGUAGAUAACCCUAAUGCAGAUGGCCGCUGCGUCACCUGUAUUUACUAUCUGAAUAAAAACUGGAAUGCAAAGGAGCAUGGCGGAUUGCUAAGGAUCUUUCCUGAAGGAAAAUCUUACGUAGCCGACAUCGAGCCUUUGUUUGAUCGACUUCUGCUUUUCUGGUCAGAUCGUAGAAACCCUCAUGAAGUUCAACCGUCGUAUGCUACAAGGUAUGCAAUCACUGUGUGGUACUUUGAUUCAGAGGAAAGAGCUGAAGCAAAAAGAAAAUUCAGAGAUCUGACAGCCAACUCACAGGAAGGUUCAUCAUCUUAACAGAAAUACACUGGCCUGUACGAGACGAUUUCUUUUGUCUACUGUCUUAUUUCUUUGCUUUUUUUUUCUAUUUUUACAUGGCUUUUUGCACUAAAGGUACCUCUCCCCCCACUUUGUAUUUGUGAUUUACUACGUUUGAAUCUGGGUCCUUAAAAUAAGUGAAGAGUCCUAUGAAUAACCCGCUGCUAACGUAAAGACAAUUCUGUGAAAAAUGUGAGAAUCUGAUUAAUGCCUUAUUAGAUGUUUAUUGUAAUUAAAUUCUUCUUUAUAAAAAACUUUUCAGCGCUAUAUUGUCUAGAUGUAUAAAAAUAAAAUAAUAAGGAAUAGAUUAGAGAGAGAGAUAUAUAUAACACUAGUUAUUGUUUCAGAAAUAUGUCACCAAGCAUUAUAAAUAUGUUCUUUUAAUGAUUGUCCCUUUUUGUUACAUGCUGUUAUUUGCUGUUUUGGCACAUAUUUUAAUGUUAUUUGCGCAAUUUUUGAACACUUCAGUAGAAAGGAAAUUUGAAACUUGUCAGUGGACUUGGAAGUUGUGUAUAUAUAGAUGCUUUAUUAUUUUUGAACGACAGUGUGAUGUUGAAUGAGACUCUUUCAAAUGGAGCUGUUUAUAAAAGUCAUUCUGUACUGUGUUCACAAACUUUGAAAAAGCACUUGGUCAGGUGAUUUUGCUUUAUUUGUUCAGUCCCAGUGUGUGUUAGUGUUUAAUGAGAGAAUUGAAUCAGCUUGCAUGCAGGUCAGCAAUGCUGCUCAACCACACCCUCGGAUCAAUAUUAUUUGACAGUUGUUUCAUAAGGUUUUGAGCUUUAUAAAAUGUUUCUUUUACAAAAGUUGUUCUGGAAAAAAAUGUAAAAAUGUGUGAACAGGUUAGUUCAUGUUGGCUACUGUACACAAAUUGAUUUACAACUAUUUGAAAUGGCCAAAUUAAACAAUAUGUUGAAAUGUUUUAAAUGGUCUAUUGUUUAUUUUAUCGUUUUGU